AUGGCUGUACUCCAGGGGCCAGCAAAAUUUGUGUUCAGGCAAGCACCUGUCCUGCCUUUGCCUUCAGCAAUCCUUGUGUGCCUGCUGGGCCAAGCACUGGAGAAGAAAGUGGUCAAAAGCAAAGUGGGGGAAAAGGUCAGCCUGCCUUGUUGUCAUGAAAUCCCCAGCUCAGAAAGCCUCCGCAAGUACCGGGUGUACUGGCAGAAGAACAUCACAGACGUGGUGCUGGCCUACUCAGAGGGGAACAUGCUCCCCCAGCACGAGCGGUACCAGAACCGGACAGAGAUGGACCCCCGGAACCUCACGCUGUGGAUCUCCCCCGUGGAGAUCCUGGACAAUGGCUCCUACCAGUGCGUGGUUCAGCGCAACUCGGUGCUCGUGUGCAGCGAGUCUGUCAUCCUCUUUGUCACAGCUGACUUCAGCAAGCCCAACAUUACGGCAGAAGUGUCCGCUGACUCUUGCAAGUUGACUGAGAUGGUGAUAACCUGUUCUUCUCACGGAGGUUUCCCCAAGCCCAGAAUCUCUGGAGCCCUCAACAACAUGUCCAUGGAGUGGAAUGCCAGCUGGGUGUCUGAGUCCAGCUUCAGCCCCUACAAUGUCACUGGAAAAAUGGUGCUCAACGUGACCAAAGACGUCACCAUCACUUGCUCCGUCGAAUACAGCGGCUUUGCCACAUCCACCAGUUUGCUUCUGACAAAAACAAACAACUGCGUUGUUCCUCCUGUGUCUCCACCUUAUAAUGUCAUUACUGCUUCAAUUAUCAUCGUUAUCACCUUCAUUCUGGCUGUCACCCUGGCAGCAAGAUACCUCCCAAGGCAUGUUUGUUCUCACUGUUGCAAGCGCCAGGAUUCGGUGGAAGAGGGUGUGAAAGAACACACAAAGGCACCCAAGAGGUCUAAAGUGACAGCUGAAACAUCAUCUGUAUGACCAGAUAGCAUUUGCAGGUCCCUCAGGUUCUUCACGCUGUGCAUCCCGCACUGCAGACUCCACUGCUGGUUGUACAGCGACGCUUGCUGCACGGGCUCUCUGCAAGGGGGUGGCAGCAGGAGAACACUGCUCACCACGGCUGGAACACGACCUCCUGUGGACGAUGCAAACCCUGCCCACACCACCGAAGCCCUGCGGUGGCCUCG